UUGUUUCAGGUUGAUGCGAGUGAUUCUGCAAUUGCAAAUGCAGGUUUCGCAUAUUUCCGCGAAUGCCGUCAACUUCAGAGUUUGAAACUGAAUUUUUGUGACUAUUUCGGUGAUGAAGCCAUCAGAGAGUUGGCCCUUGGACGACCUGCAUAUACCCUUAGAAAUCUGGAGAUUGUUCUGAAUCCAGCGAUCACCGAUGGUGUCAUGUAUUGGUUAGCAAGACUGAAAGCGUUGAGGCGAUUACAUCUCUAUUUUUUACCGUAUGUGAGUAAUCGUGCCGGCAUGUUGAGGCAACUGAAAAUGGCGCUUCCAAAAUGUACAGUCACAUUCCCGAAAGAAGAGAAAGUUGGUUACGGUUAUGAGGAAUAG